UGCUCUCCCUGUAGUCACUACAGCUCUAUGACGCUUCCGCUUCCGGCAUCUGGGAAAAGCCAGGAUGGCUACUGGUGGCGCGGAGGCUCGCACGGGCGAUGUGGAGGAGGACGCCUCUCAGUUACUCUUCCCGAAAGAGUUUGAGAUCGCUGAGACGCUGCUGAAUUCGGAGGUGCACAUGUUGCUGGAGCACAGAAAACAACAGAAUGAAAGCGCAGAAGAGGAACAGGAGUUAUCUGAAGUCUUCAUGAAGACGCUGAACUACACAGCCAGGUUCAGCCGCUUCAAGAACAGAGAAACAAUCGCCAGUGUCAGAAGCCUGCUUUUACAGAAGAAGCUCCACAGGUUCGAGUUGGCUUGUUUAGCAAACCUGUGCCCCGAAACAGCAGAUGAGGCAAAAGCUUUAAUUCCCAGUCUUGAAGGCCGUUUUGAAGAAGAGGAGCUCCAGCAAAUAUUAGAUGACAUUCAGACAAAGAGAAGCUUUCAGUACUAAAGAAGUCCUCAUCAUCCGCCAUGUUCCCAGCUCCACCAGCACUGGAUUGCAGAUAUCAUCUGUAUCUCAUUUUUCAGCAGAGACUCCUCAUUCGUUGUGUAUUUUAUUAUUUUCUAUAGUGUUCAACCUUUAACAGAUAUUUUUAACAAAUUGUUUUUGUAAUGCUGAAUUAUCUCAGCGAUUCGUUACCUGCUCCUUGACACAUUGCAGUCCUGCUACUGACCUAUGUAGUAGUUUUCUCCUGUUUAUCAUUGUGUAAAUUUCUUUAAUUUAAAGCAAGAAGGAGUUUGUGCAUAAAUAUGAAUUGUUUGUGAAUUUUAUUUUUAAGAUAGAUUAAAAAUUGCUACCAUUCUCAGCAGUAAGAUGGCUGUGUGUUGAGAUACAUUUAUGAUGCAGUUUGACUUACACAAGCCAUAUAUCUAUCCAUGUGGAUGUGCCCUAAAUGUUUUUACCAGUGAAAUAAAGCAGGACAAUUUUGACAAAAGCAUACCAGAUAUGCUGGGGGAAAAAAUCAGCUUACCCUAAAAAUUGCAGUCAUGUUAUCCUGGACAGGAUUUCUGUGAUUUAAAGAAAAAA